UACAAAGAGUAUCGCCACACGCUGCGGGUGUCCGGCGAGGAGCCCAUUGGAUCAUUGCACGUGUGGCUAGACUACGUUGUUGUCGGGCACGGGACGUGCAUCACGCUGUGGAACCACCGCACUGGUGCCGUGCUGGAGGAUGCUCUGGCCACAGCGCACAAUGCGCCGAUCAACGGUGUAUUUGUCCUGGACGAUGAACGCCACUUGAUGAGCAUCGAUUCCAAGGGCAUUAUGGUCGUGACUAAUCGCGAGGCACCGUGCCGUUGGUUGACACAUUACUCGAUGUGCCGCUUUACCCGAUGAUUCUGGCAGGUGAAAUGGGCGCGCCCUACGCGAUGCGGCUACUACAUGCGUCGCACUUGUGCGUGUGGGGCAAGUAUGCAUUCGGGCACUACGAGGUGUACGAGCCUGGGCUGGCCAGCCUCCCGCCGCUCAGCAGCCUCAUGCUGGCCCCGCCAUUGCCUGACGAAGCAGAACCUGAGGAGCCCGAGGGCGAGAAGUUUGCCAGCAACGACCCGCGCGCCACAUUGGUGCAGCUGGAGGCCACACACCGCGAGAUGGAGCUGAUGUACCGCGACAUGGCCAGCGACCGCGACAGCAUAUUCCCUGAGGGCCGGCGGAUAGAAAGACAGCGGAGGAACCGCGUGCCGGCGGAUGAGCGGUACCACUUGAUCAACAUUGAUAUGCCAUUUGAGGAGAGCCCGAAUGGCCAGGUGCUGUGCGCUGAUUUCCGCCGUGCACUGUUUGUGUUUGGCACGUUUAUUGAUAUCUACGAUGUUGAGAAGCGGCAGGAGGGGAAGCCGAAGGGUGCGCCAUUUGGAAUUUUCCCUGUUGAUCCGCUGCCUGGCACCGAGCUGCCGCCUGGCCCGCCGUCGCUGUCGCUACCUGUAGCAGGGGCCGACGAGGAGCAAAGGAUGGAGGAGCAGGAGAUGGAGGAUUCCGAGUGGGUGACCGAUCCAAGCGAUGACGGGGUCAGCGACAACGAUGAUCACAGCGUUGACGAGGUCGAUGAGGUCGGCGAGAUCAACGAGACCGGCGAAGCCGACGAUGGCAGGUUCAACGUGCGGCACAUUUUGCAGCACCUUGGGUUCGGCAUCCACAACGGCGACCCGCUGCAGUCACCACCGCCCAUAGUACCACCCUCCUCGCUCAACGCGUCUUCAUCAAUCCUCACAAUUGAGACUGCUGUUCUUCAGAGUGUCUUUUGCCUGCGCAUAUCUUCCGACGCACCGCAUGAUCCACCCAACGAAUCGAGUCCCUUCAGUGCCAAGAACCUCGCAGAGUCCCGUGAAUUUUUGGGCAAGUAUAUGCCGGAGCUUCUGGCUGCUUGUCUUGCGCGGGCGCCUGUAGAUAGCCUGAUAUCCGCGGCGCCAUAUUAUAUUCAGCGGUUGUAUGAGUCUCGAUUUAGCAAUGAGCCGGUGGCUACCGUGGACCAUAGAGGCGAGAGGACUACGGGGCAGAAGGUUGCCAGCGAUAUGGAGAGGAUUAUGAGGGCCGUGGGGGUGCAGCCGCUGUGGUCGGUCCCAGGCAUUGUAUCGCCUGCUGCUGUAAUGAUGGACUUUGUGUCGUCGGCUAUGGACGACUCGAAGGUCGCCGUCGGGUGCAACAAUGGAUACGUCGUGAUAACGUGCUUUGACUAGAUGCUUAGAGUAUUAGUAAUACAGGUCUUUUUUGAUUGGUUGGUCAGACAGUCAGUUAGAAUGCAGAUUUCUUUUUCAGUCAUACCGUACCAUACAGCCUAAACUUUGGAUUUUCAUUAUUAUGUGCGUAAAUCUGCGUGCUUAUUUACGGUCACGCUGGCAGGUGUGCGGCAAUGGAAAAGCUGAUCUUGUAUUCUGUCGCUUU